AUGUUCAACAACGCCAGCAUCGCCGGCUUGCUGUGCAUGCAGAUGCGCAAAUCCGAGAAGGCCGACUUCGAAAGGGUGGUGGGGAUUAAUUUGGUAGGGAGUUACCUUGGGAUGAAGCACGCCGCAUGUGUGAUGAUCUCGGUGCACCGGGGAAGCAUCGUGAUGACAGCGAGCAUGGCAUCGACGGUGCCGGGGAUGGCGUCAACAGCGUACACGUGCUCGAAGCAUGCGAUGGUGGGGCUUAUAAGAAGCGCGGCAUUGGAGCGUGGCCAGUUCGGGGUGCGGGUGAACUGCGUGUCACUGUAUAGGGUGGCAACUGAUAGAAAAUAG